GAGCCGCCCUUUCUUGCCUUAUAAACCGGGAGGGCGCAAAGAGCCCAUUCACCGCUGCUCCACGAGAGCUAACCUCGCCGCCCGUUCGUGCUCAUGGUUUGCGCUUGGCCUGCUGCGCUUUUCCUUGGCCCUCUUCUCUCCCUUCUUUCGCUCCUCCGUGGCGUUGUCGGCGUGGCGAUCUUACCUAGACAAGACAGCAGCAGCGACAACGAUGGUAUCCACCUUGCGGUCAGCCCCGUGUGCGGCGCGCUAUCCGGCAAUGUCUCGGAGGUGAACGCGGGCAUCGAUUUGUCCUCGAUCAAGACGAUUGUCUCGUUUGGUGACUCGUACACUGACGGUGGUCGUCAUGAUGGUGGGCCCCUCGCUCCUGCGGUCAUCAUUCCUCCCAAUGCACAAGCCGGGGGCAGGUCGACGAACGGGCUGGUAUGGAAUGAGAACAUUGCCAACGAUAUCGGAGCAACGCUCAAGGACUAUGCGAUUUCGAGCGCUGUAACGAACAUCACGCUGUGGCCCAACAACCCCAAACCCGUCGACUUCAUUCAGCAGGUGGAUCUGUUCCUCAGCCAGAACAACACCCUCGACUCAGAGUCAACGUUGUACACUGUCUUCUUCGGCAUCAAUGAUUGGGAGGAUUCUCUGACUCUCGGUGACUACCUCCCUCAAGCUGCACAGGACCUCCUCGGGCAGAUGAAGAUUCUCGCCUCCGCACCCACGAACGCAAAGAACUUCCUCGUCACGGACGUCUACGGACGCGGCACGGAGACGACGGAUGGCCAGGCGUGGCUGCAGUCCAUCUUCGACGGCCUGAUCGAAUUCCACAGCCAGGGCAUCAACGUCGCGUUCGCCAACUACGCGCGUAUCUGGGACGGCGUGCUCGGCUCGGACUCGGGCUACGAGGCGUUCGGGUACACGAACACGUCCGCGUGCGUGAUCGGCAACGGGACGCUGACGUACGGGUCGUGCGCGCAGCCGCAGACGUACUUUUACUGGAUACCUGGGCACCCCUCGAAGGAGACGCACCGCAUUAUGGCGGACUACGUUGAGCUCGUGUUGAAGGAUUGCGCUGUUUAGGGGCGACGGGGAUUUAAGUACCUAAGCGCCUGAUUCGUUGGACUGUUUUUUAUCGCUGCUAUUUAAGCACGACAUUCAGACUUUUAUCUUGGGCAUACUCUGUCACUCAGAUUGGGUAUACGUUUGUCCCUGUCGUUACUUUCAUGUGGAUAAACUUGUAUUGGUAAUGAGUUUAACGUUGUCUUUCUCGUAGCUUGUCGAAGAGCUGAGAUGCCUGAAUCGCAUUAAACA